UGAUGUCAGAGGUGGAAACCAUUCAGUGGUGAACUCAAAGUAAAGUCAUAAAUAAAACUUACAAUUGAAGUAAAAACUCGAACGAAAGACAAAUGCUGAUUCUCCCAUAAUAUUUAUAAAUAUUUAAUCAAAUCGAGAUGUUUUCAAGAUUGCGAAAUUUUGUAUCGCGGAAUCGGCGAAAAUUCAUUGUGGGUGGGAUUGUCGUAGCUGGAACUAGUCUUGCUGUACGAUAUGCUCAACAGAGACUUCGAGAAUAUCAAGAAAAACAAGUGAGAGAAUUUUUGGAGAAAACACGACGACUUCAGCAUUUUGAAUCGACUGAAAAAACGACCGACCAAGCAAUUCUUGGAUUGAUGCCCGGACUUUGUGACGCAAUUACAAAGUUAUUGGACACAGAUGCUAUUCUUGCUGAGCUCAGAACAAAUACUGAGAGGAAACUUGAUCUUUGGGAGGAAUUAAAAUAUCUUGCUUUUGCCAAAUGCACAACUUUUGUCUAUGCCACUGCAUUGCUUGUGGCUAGUUUAAGAGUUCAGUUGAACAUCAUUGGUGGCUACUUAUAUAAAGACACAGUUCAGUCAGAAGCAAAAAUAACAAAAGAAGUUCAAACAAUUUAUAAUCUUCUUCUUAUCCAACAUUUAAUGAAUGACGGUCUCCAACAGCUCGUGAAGGUCAUAAGUUCAAAUGUCGAGAAAAUAAUGAAAAGUCACAGUUUGAAAGAAAAAAUGACAUUGAGUGAUGUUGAACAGAUUUUCUGGAGUAUUCAAACAGCAAUUGAGAAGGACAUCAAUAAGAAUCUUGUGCAAUUUAUUUUACCAUCAGAAGUUCACCGAAAUCAACAAGACGAAUUUUUAAACAAAAUGUUAAGUGACACGCUUGACGUCCUCGAGUGUGGAGAUUUUAUUGACCUCUGUGAAUCUUGCUUCAAUAACGGUUUCUCUGUUGUAACUGACAAAGUUGCUGACUUUUUCGUUGAGCCACAAAAUGGAAAGAACAAAUUAAACGGUAACACUGAAGCAGUUCCGUCAACAUCGAAGGCAACGUCAGAAAAUAUGCUUUUAGCAAACGGACAUGUAAACAUAAACAAUAUUUCGCUACCGCUAGCAAAACUGAUACCUAUUAUGAACGCAUUGACCACUCAAACAUUCACCAACAACUCAGCUGAUAAUAUAAAGCCAAAUAAUUUGGCAGCUUCGUUGAUUUCACUUCAAAUUAUCAAUACAAACAUCAAAACAUUAGCCGCUAAUGUUUAUGAGGUUUAUUCAAACUAA